UGCAUGGUGUGGCCGGGGCCAUGGCAGCCGGGGGCCGCCGCCGGCGCCCACUGCGCUACCAGUCCCUGGCAGCCCUGGUGGAGGAUUCUCAGUGGCCCUUCCUGUUCCUCGUCUCAGACUUCAGCUACGGGGCGGAGGACUACGACGGAGAGGGGAAUGAGGAGCAGAAGGGGCCCCCGGAGGGCUCGGAGACCAUGCCGUACAUCGACGAGUCGCCCACCAUGUCGCCCCAGCUCAGCGCCCGCAGCCAGGGCAGCGGGGACAGAAUCUCCCCCAUCCCCCCGGAGGGACUGGCACCUGGGGUGGAAGCGGGCAAAGGCCUGGAGAUGCGGAAGUUGGUUCUCUCGGGGUUCCUGGCCAGCGAAGAGAUCUACAUUAACCAGCUGGAGGCCCUGCUGCUGCCCAUGAAACCCCUGAAGGCCACGGCCACCACCUCCCAGCCUGUGCUCACCAUCCAGCAGAUCGAAACCAUCUUCUACAAGAUCCAAGACAUCUAUGAGAUCCACAAGGAGUUCUACGACAACCUUUGCCCCAAGGUGCAGCAGUGGGACAGCCAGGUCACCAUGGGUCACCUCUUCCAGAAGCUGGCCAGCCAGCUUGGCGUGUACAAAGCGUUUGUGGAUAACUAUAAAGUCGCUCUGGAGACAGCCGAGAAGUGCAGCCAGUCCAACAACCAGUUCCAGAAGAUCUCAGAGGAGCUCAAAGUGAAAGGCCCCAAGGAUUCCAAGGACAGUCACACGUCGGUCACCAUGGAAGCUCUGCUCUACAAGCCCAUCGACCGAGUGACCAGGAGCACCCUGGUCCUGCAUGACCUGCUGAAACACACGCCUGCAGACCACCCAGACUACCCGCUGCUCCAGGAUGCCCUCCGCAUCUCCCAGAACUUCCUGUCCAGCAUCAACGAGGACAUCGACCCCCGCCGGACUGCCGUCACCACCCCUAAGGGCGAGACACGGCAGCUGGUGAAGGAUGGCUUCCUGGUGGAGGUGUCGGAGAGCUCCCGGAAGCUGCGGCACGUCUUCCUCUUCACAGACGUCCUCCUGUGUGCCAAGCUGAAGAAGACGUCCGCCGGGAAGCAUCAGCAAUAUGACUGCAAAUGGUACAUCCCCCUGGCUGACCUGGUGUUCCCGUCCCCUGAGGAGUCUGAGGCCAGCCCCCAGGUGCACCCCUUCCCAGACCAUGAGCUGGAGGACAUGAAAAUGAAGAUCUCCGCCCUCAAAAGCGAAAUCCAGAAGGAGAAAGCCAACAAGGGGCAGGGCCGGGCCAUCGAGCGCCUGAAAAAGAAGAUGUUUGAGAACGAGUUCUUGCUGCUGCUCAAUUCGCCUACCAUCCCGUUUCGGAUCCACAAUCGGAAUGGAAAGAGCUACCUGUUCUUACUGUCCUCGGACUAUGAGAGGUCGGAGUGGAGAGAAGCAAUUCAGAAACUGCAGAAGAAGGACCUCCAGGCCUUUGUGCUGAGCUCGGUGGAACUCCAGGUGCUCACGGGGUCCUGCUUCAAACUGAGGACUGUACAUAACAUCCCGGUCACCAGCAAUAAAGAUGACGACGAAUCUCCGGGACUCUACGGCUUCCUUCACGUGAUCGUCCACUCAGCCAAAGGGUUUAAACAGUCAGCCAACCUGUACUGCACCCUGGAGGUGGAUUCCUUCGGCUAUUUUGUCAGCAAAGCCAAGACCAGGGUAUUCCGGGACACGACGGAGCCCAAAUGGGACGAGGAGUUUGAGAUCGAACUGGAAGGCUCGCAGUCCCUGAGGAUCUUGUGCUACGAGAAGUGCUACGACAAGACGAAGGUCAACAAGGACAACAACGAGAUUGUGGACAAGAUCAUGGGCAAAGGGCAGAUCCAGUUGGACCCGCAGACCGUGGAAACCAAGAACUGGCACGCGGACACGAUUGAGAUGAACGGGAUCAAAGUGGAAUUCUCCAUGAAAUUCACCAGCCGAGACAUGAGUCUGAAAAGGACACCAUCCAAGAAGCAGACAGGCGUCUUUGGCGUGAAGAUCAGCGUGGUGACCAAGCGGGAGCGCUCCAAGGUGCCCUACAUCGUGCGGCAGUGUGUGGAGGAGGUGGAGAAGCGCGGCAUCGAGGAGGUGGGCAUCUACCGGAUAUCCGGCGUGGCCACGGACAUCCAGGCGCUCAAGGCCGUCUUCGAUGCCAGUGAGUGCGAGGCCUCACGCAGGUCGAGCCCAGCCCAGCCCUGUCCCCACCCCAUUCUGUCCCCAGCCCUGUCAGACCCUGCUGCCAAGGAAAACUGCAUGAUGCACCUGCUCCGCUCCUUGCCUGACCCCAACCUCAUCACCUUCCUCUUCCUGCUGGAGCACUUGAAAAGGGUUGCUGAAAAGGAGCCCAUCAACAAAAUGUCCCUGCACAACCUGGCCACCGUGUUCGGCCCCACGUUACUGAGACCCUCGGAAAUGGAGAGCAAAGUGCAGCUCACGUCGGCCGCAGACAUCUGGUCACACGAUGUCAUGGCACAGGUCCAGGUCCUCCUCUACUACCUGCAGCACCCUCCCAUCUCCUUCUCGGAACUGAAGCGGAACACCCUGUACUUCUCCACAGACGUGUAGCGUGAGGCCAGGGCAGCUGGGGGGCCGCCCUCUGCAGCGGGGGAGGCCCCACACAGACUUGAAAGACUGCGGUAAAACCCCCGGGCCCAGCAUUCUGACUCCAGGGAAGCCGACUGCCAGGGACUGGACGCCGCGCACCUCUCCUGCCACUUUGUACAAAGCCAGACGCCCGGCCUGCACCGCCGCUGCCCCUCUCCCCCUUUCUUGUCGUGUCUAAUGCUCUCUGUGCUGUCCUCCGGGAAUCAUCUUAUGUCUGUCUGUCACUGAGCAGGCAGAGACCCCCGAUCAGGUCGCCUGCUUUUGUUCUUCCGUUUCCUGCGACCCUGGCUCCCCCUGGGCUCCAGGCGGGGCUUUUGUUUGGCCGUGUCUCCUCUCCUGGCCCUGCUCCCACCCGCAUGCACAGGAGGCCGUCUCUGCUGUCACCUUGGACCCUCUGGCCCUGGGUGCAGUGGGGGCGGUGGCAGUGGCCUCUGGCUGUCCUCUUACCCCGCCUGUGGUAGCACAUCUCCUUGGCCUCCAUGCCUGUGCAAAGUCGGACCAGAGACAGAACCACACUGCUCCCCAGCUUGGCACAGCGCUGGAGAGCUGGGGUCUGGAAUUUCCGUCAGAAUCUCCGUUUCUGGUGUUUAUCUGUUCUAUCCUCCUGCCUGCAGGGAGGCAUCUUUGACUGUUUUGGGGGGGGUGGGAGGGUUCUUUUCUAUUCCUUCCCCCGCAAAUGUUUCCUUUGGAGUGUAAAGACUUACAAAGUGUGACCUGCUAUAGCCAGAGGGUCAGGAAGGACCGUGCGGGGCAGACGGAGCCAGGCUGCUGAGGGAGGUGCCUGGGCUGUGGGGAAGCAGCCUUUGGGAGCAAGGGCUUGCACGGGCUUUGCUAAGGGUUCCAGGUUUCUGGGAGGGCAGCUCAGGUGGCCAAAGCGGGUGUCUGGAAGCAGGUGGCUCCACCCAGGUGUCUUCACCAGGCACCCUCAUACCCACGGUACUUUUGCCUUAGAUCUUACAUUCUCACAGCUGAGCACCACCACAGGGCAGCCUGGGGCGGGGCUGUCCGGGGCCUGUGCUGUGGUGCAGUGCUGCCCCAUGCUCAGCUCUGCUGCUCUGGGAGAUGCCGGGUGCAAUAGGAGGAGGAGGCAGCACAGGCACCGCCUCUGCUUGUGGACGCUCGAGGGCGGGGUCAGCAGGCUUCAUGCCCAGCGCGGAGCCCCCCCACCUCACUGCUCAGCCUGGGGAGGAGCAGUUUUUCCUAGAGCUGUGGCCACUGGCCUGCGAGGGCAGUGUCUCCCUGGCUGCGGGAGCCAGAGCGAGCCUGCGCCUCCCAGCUGGAAGAGGGCAACUGCUUGGUCUUUGGGAACAGGGCCAGUUAGUGCUCAGGGCAAAGUCUUAAAGCAGGGUCUGCUGGCCCUGAUCGCUUGCCCAGUAAGGGGCAGGGCCUCCUCUGAAGGCCAGGUCUGAAGCAGAAGGGCACACCUCCUGUCCACAUCCCAGGAGAGAAAUGCUACCUGCUGCCUAUUGGCAGCUCAGCUAGGAGCCAUGCUCCCUGGGUGGAAGUGAGGGGGUGCCAGUCCCAGGAACCUCUGCUGGGCACACCCAGGUUGGAGUGGUAGAGCACUCUGGCUUACUUCCAAAGUGAUGGACCGUGGCAGGCUGGAGGCCCAGUGGGAGCAGGCUGACUGCAGCCCCAAAUCAGUGCCUCCCCCAAACCAAGGUUUGUGCCUUGGCAUCAGGGAGCUGCCGCAGCCCUGAGCUUGCUCAGGCAAAGUGGGAGCAGGAGGAAGGCAGGUCCCAUUUAUAAACUCCACCCCCUGAAGGGGUGGGGUGGGUGCAGACCUGGAUUAAGCUGCCCCAAGGAAAUGCCCUGUGGGUUCUCAUGAGAAGACUGUGCAGCCCAGGCCCCCGCACAGCCUCGUGCCUGCAGUGGCCAAGGGCUGCCCGGAGUACUUGCUGGUACAGAUGGGAUGGGACCCCUCAUUAAUAUUUGACUUUAAUUAAGUUGGUAAGGAUAUAUUUUUUUUGUCUUAUGUUCUGUUUCAACUUAUGUAGAUUAUUAUAAAUUGAUGUAAACCAUGUGAGAGGAUAAUGUUAAUAAAAAAGCAAAGCCCCAACGUUUGCACAAAACUCA